AUGCGCCGUGGUUCCAAGCGCUCCCUCGAGGAGCUUGCUAACAAGUCCGACUCGAAUGACGAGGACUGGAGCGAAGGCUCCCAACCCCCAGAUUCGCGACGAGCUGCUCGAAAGAGCAAGUCGAGCCCCAAGAAGCGAUCCCGACCCGCGAAAAAGCAGCGCCGCCACUCAGGCGACAUCGUUUCGGAUGACGAUGCCCUUACCACUGACGAUGAAGACCUAUCUGUUCAAGAAUCGGAAGAUUCCGACGAUCCCUCUGUGCCGCGAAAUGUACGAGGAACGGCACGCCGUCGAACAACCCAGAACCGUCCGCUCUACGAGGAGCCUGAUUCUGACGAGCCAUCCCCACCUGAUGAUGAAGAUGAUGAACUUGCUCCCGAAUCCCCACCGAAGAGAAAACGGACUGUUGUGAAAUUGAAGCUUCGACCCGAGAUUCUGUCACAAGCCAAUCGACGUACCACUCGCCGUACCCGCGGUGCUUCAGAAGACAUCUACGCUCUGACUAAUUCAGGCCGACACAUGGAAACCGUCGAGCGGGGUACAAUGACUCCAGAGGCUGAGGUACAACGGCAUGGUUCGCGAGCCCCUCGGGAGUCAGCCAUUCCCGAGGAAUCCAUGGAAACAUCUGCAGAGAUCCAGGCCUCGCUCGAGGUUCUGGAAAGCGAUGCCCCAAUGGAAGGCGAUACGGUCAUCGGCCAGGAUGAUGAACAAGAUCGGCCUGAUACUCAGAUGUCCAUGGAAGACGGUGUUGUCCCUGAGUCGUUGAACGGCGAUGCGAAAAACGAGAACAACGAUGAGGAUGAUGACGACGAAGAUGUAGGCCCCAUCACUCGGCGACGAACCAGACCGAGCCUUCUCGGACUACACGAUGAAGAGGAGGUCGAUGAAGCAUUCGUGCCUGAUGAGGGGCCCCAGCCCCGUCGAUCUGGUCGCAAGCAGCCCCCUCGAAGCUCACAGCGCAAAAAUCGCGACGAGGAGAGUGAUUUUGAACCAGAAGAAGAAGAUUCUCAUGAUGAUGACGAGGCCUCGCUAUCUGGAAAUUCUGCUGCCUCGCCGCAAAAGAGCAUGGGCCACGAUGACGAGGACAGCUCAGCUAGCCGUCGUGCCGGCCUGCGCAAACGACCAUCUCAAUCUCGUGGUCAGUCGGAAGUCGCAGAUGAGCUAGCCGAGGAACUUCAAGACCUUCGGGGUGGUCGCGCUCGACGACGUGCGCCUGAGAUCAUUUACGAGAAGCCGCGUCGGAGUCGCAAAAAUGUUGACUACCGCAUUAUUCGCCCUGAUCUAUUGCUCGCCACGGACGAUGUUGAGAACGAUAUCACAGAGUCUCCUUCUCGUCGUGGACGUGGCGGAGGAGGUGGAACCUGGCAGCGAAGCUUCCUCCCGAUAACUGGUCCCUUCGGAGGCAACAGUGUCCUGUCUGUGCUCAACCCCGCUGGUCCUGCCGGUCCUGCCGGUGCGGCUGGAGGUGUUGAUAGUGACAGCAGUGAUGAUGAGUUUGCCCGGCCAAAGGGCAGUCUUCUCCCUGGACAAACCCAUUCUGCAGAGAACGCUCAACACCUCGCGGGUACGCCGGCGAACUUUGGUAAGAUUCCGGACAAGCAAACGCUGGCGGACGCAGAUCCACUUGGGGUGGACCUGAAUGUCAAUUUCGAUAGCGUAGGAGGUCUCCAGGGACACAUCGAUCAACUGAAGGAAAUGGUUUCACUCCCGCUGUUGUACCCGGAGAUUUUCCAACGCUUCCACAUUACUCCUCCUCGAGGUGUGUUGUUCCAUGGACCUCCAGGAACCGGAAAGACGCUUUUAGCUCGGGCUUUAGCCAACAGUGUCAGUUCCGAGGGCCGCAAGGUUAGCUUUUACAUGAGAAAGGGCGCCGAUACGUUGAGCAAAUGGGUCGGUGAGGCCGAGCGACAAUUACGACUUCUCUUUGAAGAGGCUCGCAAGAACCAACCCAGUAUCAUCUUCUUUGAUGAAAUUGACGGGUUGGCUCCCGUGCGAUCAAGCAAGCAGGAACAGAUCCAUGCCUCCAUUGUGUCGACCUUGCUGGCGUUGAUGGAUGGCAUGGACGGCCGAGGUCAAGUCAUUGUGAUCGGUGCCACCAACCGGCCUGAUUCAGUUGAUCCUGCCCUCCGUCGUCCUGGUCGUUUUGAUCGCGAAUUCUACUUCCCUCUUCCCAAUAUCGAAGGCCGUCGCGCCAUCCUCGAUAUUCACACCAAGGGCUGGGACCCAGCGCUUCCAGGCGACAUCAAAGAUGAGCUUGCGAAGAUUACCAAGGGGUAUGGAGGUGCUGAUCUACGAGCCCUUUGCACUGAGGCUGCUCUCAAUGCUGUACAGCGAAAGUAUCCUCAAAUUUACAAGUCGGACAAGAAGCUUGUGAUCGAACCGAAGAAUAUUGACAUUCUUCCCAAAGAUUUCAUGAUUGCUGCUAAGAAAAUGGUUCCCUCUUCAGAACGAUCUAGCUCCUCUGGAGCAUCAGCGUUGCCUCACAAUGUUGAGCCUCUGCUCCGUCAGUCCUUGGCAGAUAUCCAGAAAGCCCUGUCGGAGGUUCUUCCCCAGCGCAAAAAACUCACUGCCUUAGAAGAAGCUCAGUAUGAGGAACCUGCAGACAACAAUGGAUUCCGUCGUGAACAGAUGAUCCAGGAGUUUGAUCGGUCGCGUGUAUUCCGCCCUCGCAUGCUUCUCCGCGGCCCCCAGGGAAUGGGUCAACAAUAUCUUGCCGGCGCUCUUCUGCACCACUUUGAGGGUCUACAUGUCCAAGCUUUCGAUCUCCCAACACUUCUCAGUGAUUCGACGCGAUCACCGGAAGCCACGGUUAUUCAGCUUUUUUCGGAAGUCAAGCGGCACAGACCGAGUGUGAUCUACAUUCCUAAUAUUCAGACAUGGUUCGAGACGGUCGGUCCCACUGUCAUUUCCACAUUUUUGGGUCUGUUGCGAUCAUUGCCUCCCUCUGAUCCAGUUCUGUUACUCGGUGUUCUUGAGUCCAACGGAGACGAUGUGGAUGAAUCUUUGGUUAAACAGUUAUUCGGAUUCUCGAAGAAGAAUUUGUUUACUAUUCCUUCUCCUGAUAGAGUUGCACGUCGCGAGUUCUUUGGUAAACUCAUUGAAUACGUCAAAACCGCCCCCUCGGACUUCCCUGACCCUGAAAAUCGCAAGAAGCGCCAGCUGGAAGAGCUUGAGGUUGCGCCUCCACCCCCUCCAGCAAGCGAAACACCGCUCAGCAAGGAAGAACGCAGGGCUCAAAAGAAGAGGGACCGUCACACUAUGAACGUUCUCAAGAUUCGUAUCCAACCUGUUAUGGAUCAGCUCCGCAAAUAUAAGAAAUUUCGCGCUCCUGUAAUUGACGAUAGUCAGAUUCGAUACCUGUGGGAUGAAGCCGACCCGAACAUCGUCACCAGUGAUCUCCCUCCUGAGGAACAAGGCAUUUAUCGUCCAUAUGAAAGGGGCUUUGAUAAAGAAGGUGUCCCGGGCCUUGUAGAGGUUGCGACUGGGAAGUUCUACUACAACCUGGAGACUGUGACCAUCGAGAAACGUCUGUCGAACGGAUACUACAAACGGCCCUGUGAUUUCCUGGCAGACAUCAGGCGGAUGACGAAGGAUGCCCGCCAGACGGGAGACGUGGACCGAAUAUUGAAGGCGAAUGAACUGCUAGCCAAUGUUGAAGUUGAUAUGAGCGCUCUUGAGGCAGCUGAUCCGAAUCUUGGGGUAGAAUGUGAGGCUCUUUACUUGCGAGAGGUAGCUCGUGAGAAAGAAGCCGCUGAGAAAGCCAAGCGCGCUCGGGAAGCGGAGGAUCAGCGGCUGCGAGAGCAAGAGGCCGCUGAAGAAGCCGCCGCUGCCCCUCAGGGCAACACCGAGUCGGACCUAUCCAAUGGCCCCGUCAAGACAACCUCACGCCCAGUGACACCUAAUCAACAGUCACACGUGAGCUUUGCAAACGGAUACCAGAACGGCGGUGGCUCGGACCUAAAUGAGCCUGGCCCUAACGGCCUGAGCAACGGAUCUCACGGCGAUGGCGAUGGCGAUGUCGACGGUGAUGUCUUUAUGUCUAAUUCCGAGGAUCAAUCGGGCAGCAAAGAUACCUUGAACAGCUCGUUCGGACCGUCUGCGCAGCCUAAGCCUGCAUAUUCGCACACUGCGCCGUCUCAGCAAAUCCGCCGCGAGUCUGGCAUGUCCAGCUUGUCUCAAAAAGGUCCCAUGACGCCAAUGGCUCCUGGCUCCCAGCCCGGGGAUUACACCAAUGAAGCAUCUACAACCCAAACUACCUCAUACAAGAAGUCCUCCGAUCACUCCUCAAAUCAAAAUGACCACACCCAGAGUCCCAAUGCUUCCCGACUCGAGUACCCCGAUCUUACCCAGUAUCCUGACCGUGUCUCCCAAGACGACCACCUGCCUGAUACCCAGCAAGGUGGCAGCAGCCAACUUUCCCCUCGCCCCCGAGAUUCGCUGGCCUCGAACCAGACAGAGCUUGACCCCACAUUGAAUGGAAGCCAGUCUCAGUCAAAGCCUCAGCCUCCGUUGUUUGCCGAGGCUUUGAAGCCCACCAACCACGCUUCUGUUACCCUUCAGUCACUGCUCAAUGAGCAAACUCCCGAGCUCGUUCUUGACCUUGCCUACGUCGAGCAUGUUCACGGGCACUUGGCCGAACACACUAGUGGAUGCUCCGUUGAGCAACUGGAGCAGAUCAACACAUAUCUCAUGGACUUUGUGUGGCAAACGCGCGGCGAGUGGAACCGCACUACUGUCACCAAAGGCAUCAAGGAGACCUUUGAAGAAGUCAUGGACGAUAUGCAGGCCAUGCAGGACAUCGGGCCGACCAGCCAGAACAGGGCUGUCAUGGAACAUUCAAGCUUCUAA